AUGGCCUCAUCCGUAUCAGACUACAAGGUCGCUUCCAUGGCCCUGGGAUUUUCCCUGGGCUUUGGCUUUUUGACAGUUUGGACCGCGAUCAAACAGACGAGGCGAAAUCGAAACCCACUACGAAGUUCGUACAUUUACAUGAUCUGGGGAGAGAUUUUGGCGAAUGUUGGGAUUGGAAUCCUUGGAUAUCUGUUCCUGAAUGGUGUCAUAAAACCAGGCGUUCCAAUCUUCUUCUUUAUCUUAUUCUUCUGGGUCUUCGAGAUUCAGCUACUGCUGCAGAUCAUUAUCAACCGAAUCGCCAUCAUUGCCGAGUCUCAACGAACGAUUUCACAGCUGAAAUGGGGUACUGCUGUUGUGGUGACAUGCAUCAAUGUUGCCGUAUUCUGUAUCUUCAUCCCGUCGCAUGUCCAGCCCCCUGUCAGCCAGACCUUUGUUACUAUCAACAAGUAUUGGGACAGAACUUCCAAGAUUCUGAUCUGCAUCAUUGACGCCGUUCUUAACUGGUACUUCCUACACAUUGUGAAGGAGAGACUUGUAAAAGAAAACCGCCUCAUAAAGUAUAAGCCGCUAGUAUCCUUCAACGCCAAACUGAUGGUGCUGUCCGUCGCUAUGGAUGUUCUUCUCAUCGGCCUCAUGUCUCUACCGAACCAGACCGUCUUCAUUCAAUUCCACCCCGUCGUUUACCUCGUCAAGCUCAACAUCGAAAUGUCCAUGGCCGACAUGAUUACCCACCUAGCCCGAAUGAAGAUGACCGACGAACUAUAUCCCUCCAAUUCUUACUCCCAUACACCAAAGAACCAUACUGCUCCAGACAACAAUGUUGGCACGUCUAUACAAAUGACUCACAAAUCACAAGUCGCGUCCGGUCCUAACGCAUCGCUUGAUGACCUUUCUGAUGCUUCUGGGCCCUCGACGAACGGCAUUCAUAAGAAAAUGGAGUUCAAGGUUGAGUCUGAGCCUAAAGACCAGGAUCGUAAGAGUGGAAAGUUUGGCGCUGUGGUUGAGCUGCCGUCGCCGGGUGGUGAAGGACGACCAAAGAGGAGUCGUUAUGAACAGAUUGAACCCGGUCAGAAACACUCUCGAUCAAAUAGCAAGACUCAUAUCAUUUGA